AUGGUGGAACGGUGGCGGCGGAAGGAAAUGGCGACGACGGAGGCGGCUGGAAGGCGGAACGGCGGCGGUGGCGACGGUGAUCGGUGGAACAUCGACGGUAGAGGGAGAUGGCGACGGUAA